AUGCAAUACUUACGAGGAAUUCUGUUUCGAAACAUCUCUUUAGCAUCUCCGAGACGUUUCUAUAGUCCAUCUACUGGAAGGAACUCUUGUCUAAGAUUCCUGUCUACUGUUAAUCCGACUAAACCUUUGUCCGAUCUAGAAUACCAUCGGCUUGCUGAUGACACAUUAGAAGUAUUCAAUAAUACCUUUGAAGAUUUAUUAGAGGAAUCUGGAAGAAGAGAUUAUGACAUUGAAUAUUCGAGUGGUGUAUUAACUUUGAACCUUGGAGAUCACGGUACUUAUGUUAUUAAUAAACAGCCACCAGCACAUCAGGUCUGGCUGUCAUCGCCAGUCAGUGGUCCUAAGCAUUACGAAUGGUCUUCCAACAAUAAAACGUGGAAGUCCACGAGAGACGAUAGUACCAUAUCUGAGAUUUUGGCAAAAGAAAUUGGAGAUGCGUUUUCCAAGAAGAUUGAAUUUAAGGACAUCAAUGAUUGUUAA